AUGUCUGCAGAGCACACUCGCGAUUGGUCCACCCUACUUCCAGUUGAGAAGCCGACCGGAGAAAUUGACCAGGCAUUUGAGUUGCCACAAAUCGGCUGCUUCACUCUGUACCAGUUUCCCUGUGUUCUAAAACACCCCAAGGACUAUGCCACCUGGCGCACUGAGAUCUGUCAGAUCCUCAAAAUCCACAAACUCCAUCGGCUCAUUGACUCUGGCAUCCCUCGCCCUUAUAAGGACUCGCCCAAUGCUAGGAGAUGGCAACAGAUGUCGAUCGAGGUCCGCAACUGGAUCGCGUGGAACAUGAAUCCAAUCCUUGUGCGCAUGAUUGUGAAGGAACAGCCUCGAGCUGAACUGGCAGACGAGUUCAUGAUGGGGGCUGAGACGAUUCUUCGGCAGUUUACUCGUAGUCCUGCAGAGGACUACGAGGAUAUCUCCGCCGGUUUGUUUAAGCUCAUUGGGUGCAAGCGUCGUGACUUUUCUAGUGCCAGGUGGUUUGUUCACCGUCUUAUGGAGUAUUACACUCUCACUGUGAAUAUGAAAAUGGGAAUUCAGCCAUUUGUCCCGCUGCUGAUUCUGUUGUCGGAAAUUGAGGGUGAUGUGGGAACAGAAUUUGUCAACCUGAGAUAUGACCAGCUGGAGAAUAUGCACAACCCCGCCCAGGAUGUUACCAAGGCAUACUUUGAAAACGUUUACUUUGACGUGUUGGAGUACCUUGAUUCGAUGGCUGAGACAACUGGCGAUGUAUUUCCUCCAUUGACCGAAUGA